AUGGAGUCGAUCAUAGCGCGGGCGCUGGAGUACACGCUCAAGUACUGGCUCAAGUCCUUCUCCCGCGACCAGUUCAAGCUCCAGGGCCGCACCGCGCAGCUCUCCAACCUCGAUAUCAAUGGCGAUGCGCUGCACGCGAGCCUGGGGCUGCCUCCCGCGCUCGCCGUCGACACAGCGCGUGUCGGGAAGCUCCAGAUCACGUUACCAUCUGUAUCAAAUGUGCAAUUAGAGCCAAUUGAGGUCAACAUUGACAAGCUUGAUCUCGUGCUUGUAGAGAAGGACGAUUCUGAAAAUCUUUCCAGCCCUAGCAGCACUGCAUCAUCUCCAUCAUCAGCAACUAAGAGCAGCGGAUAUGGUUACGCUGAUAAGAUUGCAGAUGGAAUGACAGUGCAAGUAGGGAUUGUUAACCUGCUACUGGAAACACAUGGAGGGGCUCGCCGUCAAGGAGAUGCAACAUGGUCACCACCACUAGCAGCAAUCACAUUCCGUGAUCUUGUAUUGUACACAACAAAUGAAAAAUGGCAGGUAGUAAACUUGAAAGAAGCAAGGGAUUUCUCCAACAACAAAGGGUUCAUUUAUGUUUUUAAGAAACUGGAGUGGCAAUCAUUGUCAGUUGAUCUGUUGCCUCAUCCUGACAUGUUCACCGAUGCAAGAUUUAACUCUUCUAGUAGUCAAGAUAACAAAAGAGACGAUGAUGGUGCAAAACGAAUGUUCUUUGGUGGUGAAAGAUUUUUGGAAGGAAUAUCUGGAGAGGCUAAUAUCACGGUUCAACGGACAGAACAAAACAAUCCACUUGGGCUUGAGGUUCAGCUGCAUAUUACUGAAGCUGUCUGUCCUGCCUUAAGUGAACCUGGCUUACGGGCCUUUCUUCGAUUCAUGACUGGGGUAUCUGUGUGCCUAAACAGGGGAGACGUAGAUCCAAAAGCUCAGCAGCUUGCAGAAGCAGCAGGAUCUUCCUUGGUGUCCAUUAUCAUAGAUCACAUAUUCCUCUGCAUUAAAGAUACUGAGUUUCAACUUGAACUUCUCAUGCAGUCUUUGUUCUUCUCACGGGCGAGUGUUUCAGACGGCGAAUGCUCAAAGAAAUUGUCUUGCAUAAAGGUCGGCGGGCUGUUUCUGAGAGACACCUUUUCUCGUCCUCCAUGCACAUUGAUACAGCCGUCUAUGCAAGCAGUUUCACAAGAACCUCCACCUGUGCCUGACUUUGGUCAAAAUUUUUGCCCUCCUAUCUAUCCAUUUGGCAAUCAACUAUUAGAAUUCGCUGCUGGAGUUCCUUUGUUUUCCCUCUAUUGUCUUCAGACCACUCCUUCUCCAUCACCUCCAAAGUUUGCUUCAAAAACAGUCAUCACAUGCCAACCUCUUACGGUAACCCUCCAGGAGCAGUCGUGCUUAAGAAUUGCCUCAUUCUUGGCUGAUGGAGUUGUACCUAAUCGUGGUGCCAUAUUGCCUGAGUCUUCAAUCAAUAGCCUGACAUUUUCACUUAAAGAGUUUGAUCUCUCUGUUCCAUUAGAUGCUGAGGAAAUCACAAGGUGCAGUGGAACCAAGAAUACUAGCCCUCAAUCAUCAUUUUCGGGUGCACGACUUCAUGUGGAAGACCUAUACUUCUGCCAGUCACCAUCAGCUAAGUGCCCAUUGCUAAACCUUGACAGAGAUCCAGCUUGCUUCCUUCUGUGGGAAUACCAACCUGUUGAUGCGAGUCAGAUGAAGUGGGCUACUCGGGCUUCUCACCUAAGCCUCUCACUUGAAACUUCUAGCACUUCAAAUGGACAGAGGGCAGUUAGGGACUCAAAUUUGUGGAAAUGUAUUGAACUAGAUGAUAUCAGAUUUGAGGCAGCUAUGGUUACAGCAGAUGGCAGCCCUUUGUUGGAUGUACCGCCUCCAGAGGGUGUUGUAAGAAUUGGCGUUGCUUUCCAACAGUUUACGUCCAACACCUCAGUUGAGCAAUUGUUUUUUGUGUUAGGUUUCUAUACUUACUUUGGUCAAGUUGCAGAGCGUAUCUCAAAGGUCAGCAAAGGUAACAGGUCUGAGUCAGUCAAGUCAUCUGCUGACAAGCCAGAGAAUAAAUUGCCAAGUGAUACAUCUGUGAGUUUAACUAUGAAUAACCUCCAGCUCAAUUUCUUGGAAUCUUUGUCAGCAAGUGAUCUACAUAUGCCCUUGGUUCAGUUUGGUGGAGCAGAUCUGUUCCUGAAAGUUUCUCACCGCACUCUAGGUGGUGCCUUUGCAGUCACGACUAACUUGAUGUGGAGAACUGUCUCAGUGAACUGUUUAGAAGGAGAAAGUGCUAUGAUUUGUGAGAAUGGCACUGCAGUGACUGGUGAACACAUCAUUCUGGUGCAUGAAAAUGGGCACCCGAAGAUGAGAGCAGUCUUUUGGGUUGAUCAUAGGAGCAAACACCAGGCUAAAGAAGCUCAGUUCCUUGAUAUAAACAUCACUCAUGUAAUGCCUUAUGAUAUCCAGGAUAUGGAGUGCCAUAGCUUGAAUGUAUCAGCUAAGGUAUCUGGUGUUCGUCUUGGAGGUGGAAUUUCUUACACUGAGUCUUUGCUGCAUCGAUUUGGUAUCCUGGGUCCUGAUGGCGGUCCAGGGGAAGGACUCUUGAGGGGCUUGAAGGAUUUAUCUUCAGGUCCACUUGCGAAGCUGUUUAAAUCCUCUCACCUCACUGAAAAGGAAGAUGAAAGGUCCAAAUCUGAUGAUCACAAUUCAAAGUUUGAUCUCGGGGUGCCAGAUGAUCUUGCUGUAUCAAUUGAGCUUAGAAAUUGGCUAUUUGCACUUGAAGGAACUGAAGAAGUAGGAGAUUGUUUUUCUCCUCGUGGAGGUGAUCGUAUCAGCAGAGAAGAAAAAUGCUGGCAUUCAACCUUCAGGAAUAUACAUGUCUCUGGCAAGAGCAGUGACCGACUUAAGUUGGGAGGCGGAGGAAAGGUGUCGCCCAAAAAGGCUUUUCCAGUGGAACGCUUUACGGCUGGAAUUGAAGGUUUACAGGCAAUAAAACCUCGCCUGAGAGAUCAGCUCACUCGAAAAGGAUCAUCAAACAAUCACCAAAUGGCCAGUGAAUUUAAUAGUUCAAGUUCAGUUGGUGACCAAGGGGUUGAUGUUGAAGCUACCAUGGUCAUCGGCGAAGACGAGAUUGAGGGUGCCAAAUGGACAAUGGAUAAUGUCAAGUUUUCUGUCAAAGAACCGAUCAAGGCAGUUGCAACAAAAGAAGAACUAGAGCACCUUGCGAUGCUUUGCAGAUCUGAAGCUGAUGCAAUGGGGAGGAUCACUGCUGGAAUUCUUCGUCUCCUUAAACUUGACAAAUCUCUUGGGCAAGGAACUAUAGAACAACUACGUAACCUAGGAAGUGGAGGCAUCGACAAUAUCUUUUCACCCAGGAGGCUCAGCAGGCAGAACAGUUUUGGUAGCAUAGGCACUCCUCGGACUCCAACUAUGCAAGCCAUUGCGGACGUCAUGGGUUCGAAAACCACACUGGAAGCAACCAUUUCCUCAUUGCAAGGCGAGAUUUCCGAAUCCAAGGCCAAAUGUGUGGCACUGAUUUCCCAGGCAAGCAACACUGAGGAUCAAAACCGCACCGAGGGCAUCAGGCAGCUUAGCGAAAAGCUCGAGAGCAUGCAAUCGUUGGUGAUACGAUUGAGAACUUUGAUCAAUUGA